AGUAUCCUUUUUUUUGCCCUAGUUUGGAAGCUUUUCAUUUCGGGUCUCACUCGCCUCUGUGAGAUCAGCCCGAUCCACACUCUGGAAAGACACGUCAGUAAUGUCGCGGAAGAGAAACCACGGCGACGACGACGAUGAAGACGACAUCUUUUACUACCGUUAUGCCGCAGCGUCCUUACCACCCCCACCGUCCUCCUCCAAAACCCUAACCACCGCCUCGAGUACUCCUCGUGGCGGAAGCGGCCGUUUAGCCCCUUCUAAAUCAACAGUCUACGUCAGCAACCUAGAUUUCUCCCUCACCAAUUCCGACAUUCACACUAUAUUCUCUACCUUCGGCAAGGUCGCAAAGGUCACCGUUCUCAAGGACCGAGAUACCCGGAAAAGUCGCGGCGUGGCGUUCGUCCUCUUCGUCUCCCGCGAGGAUGCGGUCAAAGCUGUCAAAGGAAUUGACAAAAAACUCCUCAACGGCCGGACUCUAUCCGCCUCGAUUGCAUCUGAUAACGGCCGGGCGGCAGAGUUUAUUCGGCGGAAGGUGUACCCGGAUAAGAGUCGGUGCUAUGAGUGCGGUGAGGAAGGGCACUUGUCUUAUGAGUGCCCAAAGAAUCAGCUUGGCCGGAGGGAAAGGCCGGAGCCGUCAAAGAAAGGGCGGAGGAGAGGCGGGGUUGAUGGUAAGGAUAGAAUUGGGGAACGGGGUUGGGGAGAUGACGAGGAAGAUGAAGAAGGUAGAGGAGAGGCUUUUGAAGAGGAGAAUUGGGCUUCCAUCGUUGAUGGAGAUGCAGGGGAAAGGUUACUAAGUGGAGGGGACACUGAGGAAAUGAAGAAGAAAGUGAAAAGAGGGAAGAAAAAAGGAUAUUUUAGCGAUGAGAGCGAUGAGGAGGAGUGAUUCUCUCAAGAAUAGAUGUAGAUUAUACUUUAUAGUAGCUGAACUAGAGUGGUGAAACUUAAUGGGGGAAUCUCAGAGAAAAGGAGGAAGAUUAUGAGGAAAACAAUGAGAGUGAUGAGGGACUGAAUAAUGAAAAUGAAAAGGAUGAGGUGGCUCCUGGAGAGGAAAAACGUCUUCAACAAUAUUGAUGCUAUUAAUGAUGAUGUGACUAGUAACUGGUCAUUAUCACAACCAACCGUUGCUUGGACUCCAAGUGUUGAGUUUAAACAAAGGGUUAAUUUUUAAGGAUAAGGUUGAUCUGAAAAGGGCUAUUCAACUUUACUCUAUUAAGAGGCACCGGUGCAUCUGUAUGAAGUAGUUGAAACGAAAACAAGGAAGGUGCUUGUGGUUGGAGGCUUCAAAUAUGUAAGCGCAAGUGCCAUCAACUUUUUGAAAUAACUAAAUAUGAUGGUCCGCACCGAUGUGUGUACCGAAGUUUGAGUUGAGAUCACCCAAUGUUAAAUUCAAAUUUAUUGGCACGAGAAAUUGAAAAUGAAGUCAAAAUGGAGCCUUCCAUUACCGUGGGAGCCUUAAUAGAGACUUCAAAAGAUAAACUCUCUUAUGAUGUCUCAUAUAAGAAGAUGUGGCAUGCGAAACAAAAGGCAAUACAUAUUGUGUUUGGUGACUGGGAUAAAUCUUAUAAAGUUUUACCAAAGUUUAUUUCCACGCUUGAAAAAUGUAAUGACAUGAUUGUCGUGGAGAUUUUUCAGCGUAUGUUUUGGGCUUUUCCACAAUCUGUUGAAAGAUUCAAAUAUUGUAGACAAGUCAUUAGUAUUGAUGAGACUCAAAGGGAAAAUGUUGAUAGCUAUGGGUGUUGAUGGAAAUAAUCUACUAUCUCCUCUCUCAUUUGCUAUCGUUGAGGAAGAGUCUUUUGACAUUUGGAGAUGGUUUCUUAAGUAGUUAAUUGUCUUAGAGAGAAAGUAACUCAACGGAAAGGAGUUUGUUUGAUUUCUGAUCGUCACGUGGGAAUUACUUUUGCGGUAAAUGAUCUUUAUUCCAUGUGGCGAGAACCUUGGGGUUAUCAUCGAUAUUGCUUACGACAUAUAUGCAGUAAUUUCAAUGACAAGUUUCACAAUAAAUAGUUGAAAGUUCUUGUGUGUGGGGCAGGAAGUGCACAUCAAGUGCGGAAGUUUGAUGCCAUAAUGGAAGAGAUUGGCAACAUCAACCCUGACACUCGUAAAUGGUUGGACAAGAUUCCUCUACCACAAUGGUCAUUGGCUCAUGAUGGAGGCCAGCGUUAUGGAAUAAUGACCACCAACUUAUCUGAGGUGUUCAACAGUGUGUUGAAAGGUGCUCAGAACUUGUCUAUUACAACAUGUGUGCAAUUAAUUAACCUUCUAUAGGUAAGUUAAUUUUUUUCCAAAUGAGACAGAAUGUUGUAUACGCCACAUGUUCUUGCAAACACUUGAAGGAUAUCGGGUGAAGGCAAACACACAUGAUAUUGUUCGGUUUGAUAGAGUACAAAGAGUUUGUGAAGUAGUAACUGCCCCUUAUGGAGAGGGGAUGCAAAAAGGGCACAAUAAACAAGUAGUCCAUCUUGCUCAAAAAACAUGCAGUUGUUGAAAGUGAUAAAUUUAUAAAUUUCCAUGUUCACAUGUAAUGACAGUAUGUGGGCAGCUAACAUUUGAUAUUUGGGAGUACACUAAAGAUUAGUACACAAUUCACAACUACUCUCAAACUUGGGCCACUCAGUUUGCCCAAUCCCUCAUGAGGACUAUUAACCAGAAAAAAAUAUUCCUCAAUUGUUGUCAGAUCCUACUCGUAGGCAUUCAAAGAAAGGACGACCACAGUCCACACGAAUUAGAAAAGAGUUGGAUAUAAAAAAGUUAAAACUAAAACACGGUGUGACCUUUGUGAAGAGUCGGGUCAUGAUAGACGAACACGUAAAACCAAGAGAAACAAGUGGAUUGACAUUCACGUCUAUACUAGGUAAUUCUUAUGUUUUUAUUUUAUAUUUUGCAUUCACUUCUAUGUUUUAUUAAUACAAUUUGUUAUCCGCACUUGAUGUGCACUUCCUACUUUAUACACAACCACUUUCAACUAUUUAUUGCGAAAUUUGUCAUUGAAAUUACUGCAUAUACUCCGUAUUUCGUAAGCAAUAUCAAUGAUAACCCCAAGGUUCUCGCCACACGGAAUAAGGAUCAUUUACCGCAGAAGUAAUUCCUGUUUGACGAUCAUAAAUCAACCAAACUCCUUUCCGUUGAGUUACUUUCUCUCUAAGACAAUUAAAAAACCAUCUCUAACUGUCAAAAGAUUCUUCCUUAACGAUAGCAAAUGAGAGAGGAAUUAGUUGAUUAUUUCCAUCAACACCCAUAGCUAUCAACAUUUUUCCUUUGUAUCUCCCAUACAAAUGAGUUCCAUCAAUACUAAUGACUGGUCUACAAUAUUUGAAUCAUUCAACAGAUUGUGGAAAAGCCCAAAACAUAUGCUGAAAAAUCCCCACGACAAUCAUGUCAUUUCAUUUUGCAAGCGCAAAAAUAAAUUUGGGUAAAACUGUAUAAGAUUUAUCCCAGUCACCAAACACAGUACAUAUGUAUUAUCUUUUGUUUCGCAUGUCACAUCUUCUUAUAUGAGACAUCAUAAGAGAACUUAUCUUUUGAAGUCUCUAUUAAGGCUGCCACUGUAAUGGAAGGCUCCACUUUGACUUCAGUUUCAAUUUCUCGUGCUAAUAAAUUUGAAUCUAACAUUGGGUGAUCCUGACUCAAACUUCGGUGCACACAUCGGUGCGGACCAUCAUAUUUAGUUAUUUAAAAAAGUUGAUGGCACUUACGCUUACAUGCUCGAAGCCUCCAACCGCAAGAACCUUCCUUGUGUGUCACGCACUUCAAUGCGCACACAUUUGUUUUCGUUUCAACUACUCCAUACAUGUGGUACAUCUUAAUAGAGUAAAGCUGAAUAGCCCUUUUCAAUUAGCCUUAUCCUUAAAAAUUAACUCUUUCUUUAACUUAGUAUUUGGAGUCCACUCAACGAUUGGUUGUGAUAAUGACCAAUUACUAUUGACAUAUCCAUGUUUUUCUCUCCAGGCGCCUCAUCAUCAUUUUCAUUUUCAUUAUUCAGUUCCUCACCACCCUCACCAUUUUCCUCAUAAUAUGCUCGAAGACUCAAUAUCUUUCAUCUGUUUUCGGUAAGAUGAGUUCUGUAAUCUGGUGACAUUUUUUUGCUUUUAGGCCUUGGGUAGAUGUGAAUGAUUUUGAACUUAGUGAUUUUGCUUAUGUUGGGAGCCUUGUCACCUAGAAUCUUAAAUGAUUCAAUGUAUGAUUCAUGAUUAUGAUGAGUAAUUUUCCUAUUGUAAUUGCAUACAUUUUUUAUUGAUAUGUUUUUAUCCACAUGUCAUAUGUUUUUGUAUUUUUAUUAUUUUAUGUUUAAUCAAUUCAAGGAUGGCAUGUAAAAGAAUUGAAGUAAAAGAACAUUUGAUUUAUCUUUUUCAUCCUCUCCUGUAAUCAUGUGUUCUAAGGAGAUUAUGCAGAGUCAAUAAAAUUUAUCACCAUCUUCAAAAGUUUCAACAACCUUUUGUGUUUCUAAAUUUCUCGCGUGGAAAAAAACGUCAAAUAGGCUUACUUAUACUAAUGCAAUUAUGACAAUGAACUCUCAUACUAUAGAAUGCAAACCACCCAAGUUGUUGAUGUGGAUUCCAUGUAGCAACCAAUUUUUUCUCGUUCCCCAUCAACCUCAUGACCCGACUGAACAUCCUUUCUUGACGUCGUGCCUUGCAUUACCACAAGUCCACAAAAUUGAGCAGCAAAACAAGCGAGAAACAAGUAGUCCGGGUUUGAAGUUUUACCUUUUCCAUCACCGAGAAGCCACACAGUGCACCCAACAUCAUUCCUAUUCGUGGCUCCUAUUUCUCAGACAAAAAGUCAAAAAUCGCUUCAGCCUUCAUCAUGCCAAACAGUCACACGACUUCCCUUCACCCAAACACAACUCAUCACCACCCAACAUGGCCAACCCCAAUGACCUCCUCAUCGCCUUAAACUCGUACCACCAAAC